GAGAAAUGUAAUAAUUCCAAAUGUUUUAUUUCGUUUAAAAAUUGUCUACAUUUUAUGUUUCACACACUCAAUUGAUGUACAAUGAGUAUUACGAUGUAUUCGACCAUUUUAUGUAAAAAGUUCUUGUCCGGUUCACUCUUACAUGACCUAAGUAGAUCGCAGAACGUUGACGCGAUCAGUGCGCUGAGCAACAGUUUUAUCGCUGCCAAAUUCUUCAGCCACAACACGACUUGCAUUGGAGUUCAACCACACCAACAAUCGUUUCUGCGUCCUGGACCCAACAGAAUCACCUACCUGACGUCGAUCGAUGUCCACCGAUACUAUUGCAACAAGAACUAUAGGCCGUUCCCUGAAGUUCCGGAAUUUCCACCAAUCGUUUGGCCCAAUGUUUUUAAGUCACUCAAAGCUCUGAUAUAUUCGUAUCUAAUAAUCAAACCACAAUUAGACAAAGACUUCAGUCUUGGAGAGUUUGCUAAAAACUCUAGAAAGGCUGUUGAGGUAGUGUCCAAUUGCAUUUCCAAACGAGACUUUACCACACUACAGGGGCUGGUCACCAACGAUGUGCUGGAACAGGUGAAAUCGAUUGUUUCAGAUCUCAAUGACAAUGAAAUAAAAGACAUGGCAUUUGAUAACGAUGACAUGUAUUUAUUUUUACCGGUACAGUUGGAUAUUAUUAAUGACACAAAACUUAAAGACCGGCGAUUUGUUGAAAUAACAAUGUGCUAUCACGCUAUUCAUAAUUUAGAAGAGAUCAAAAAAAGAUCGGAAGAAAUUGUUGAUAUACAAAAAGAAUUAAAGAGUAAUAUAUUUGUGUUGAACUAUAGGUUUAUUAGAGAAUAUACAGAAGGGGUAAAAGAUGCGUGGACUAUAAAUGCCAUCAAUCAUUUAAAAGCCGAAGAACACGAUAAAACAAUUUUGUAAAUGGAAUUAUACCAUAUUCAUGUAACUAAGUACCUUUAAAUUUAGAUGUCAUACUAUAUAAAGUUUAAUAAUUAAAUAAUUUUUAUUAACA